AUGGCGGAGAUUCGUCGCAAGCUCGUUAUCGUCGGCGACGGCGCCUGUGGAAAGACCUGUCUGCUCAUUGUCUUCUCCAAGGGCACCUUCCCUGAGGUCUACGUGCCUACUGUCUUCGAGAACUAUGUUGCCGACGUAGAGGUUGACGGCAAGCACGUCGAGCUCGCCCUCUGGGAUACCGCUGGCCAGGAAGAUUACGACCGUCUGCGCCCGCUCUCCUACCCCGACUCGCACGUUAUCCUCAUCUGCUUCGCCAUCGACUCGCCCGACUCGCUCGACAAUGUUCAGGAGAAGUGGAUUUCCGAGGUUCUGCACUUCUGCCAGGGCCUGCCCAUCAUCCUCGUCGGCUGCAAGAAGGAUCUUCGCUUCGACCAGAAGACGAUUGAGGAGCUGCACAAGACUUCCCAGAAGCCUGUUACCCCCGAGCAGGCCGAGGAUGUCCGUAAGAAGAUCGGUGCUCUCAAGUACCUCGAGUGCUCGGCAAAGACGAACGAGGGUGUGCGGGAAGUAUUUGAGCACGCCACCCGGGCCGCCCUCACCACCCGGAAAGACACCAAGAAGAAGAAGUGCCUGAUCUUGUAA